CUGGCCCCCCAGGCCCGUCCUCCCGGAGGGAUGGCCACUCAGCUGCUGCCUGACGAGGCCCUGACUGGCAGACUAGACCUGAAAUGAAAGAGUCGGAUCCAAAGAAUGACAUUUCGGAAGACAAAACAUCCGCCAGGGUGGCCACGGGGGAACCCGCGAGGACUGGAGCCUGGGGUCCCGCCGUAGGAGGCGCGUGGCGACUGGGCGGCUGGCCGGAGGGGCAGCAUGGGGAUGCCCGGACAGGGCGGGAGGGGCUGGGACUUCCCCAAGGGAGCAAACUCCCCGGGGAGCCAGGCCCCGAAUGCGGAGAACGGAAGGGAUUUACUAACCAGAGCCCUACCCUGGUCCCACCCAGGCUGGACGAGCCCACGGAAAAGGGGGCCUGCCCGCUGGCAAGGCCUGGGAAGAACUCCAGCGCUUCAGAGCUCGGCAAGGCCCCGGUGCCCUGCGCGGAGAGGAAACCCUUCGACUGCAGCGAGUGUGGCAAGGCAUUCAGCCGAAGCUCUUCCCUGAUCAAACACCAAAGGAUUCACACGGGAGAGAAGCCCUUCGAGUGCGCCACCUGCGGGAAGCACUUCAUCGAGCGGUCGUCCCUCACUAUCCACCAGCGGGUGCACACGGGGGAGAAGCCCUACGCGUGCGGGCACUGCGGCAAGGCCUUCAGCCAGCGCAUGAACCUCACGGUGCACCAGCGCACGCACACGGGCGAGAAGCCCUACGUGUGCGACGUGUGCGGGAAGGCCUUCCGGAAGACCUCGUCCCUCACCCAGCACGAGCGCAUCCACACCGGGGAGAAGCCCUACGCGUGCGGGGACUGCGGCAAGGCCUUCAGCCAGAACAUGCACCUGAUCGUGCACCAGCGCACGCACACAGGCGAGAAGCCGUACGUGUGCCCCGAGUGCGGGCGGGCCUUCAGCCAGAACAUGCACCUGACCGAGCACCAGCGCACGCACACGGGCGAGAAGCCCUACGCCUGCAAGGACUGCGGCAAGGCCUUCAACAAGAGCUCCUCCCUCACCCUGCACCAGCGGAACCACACGGGCGAGAAGCCCUACGUGUGCAACGCGUGCGGCAAGGCCUUCAGCCAGAGCUCCUACCUCAUCCAGCACCAGCGCUUCCACAUCGGCGUGAAGCCCUUCGAGUGCAACGAGUGCGGCAAGGCCUUCAGCAAGAACUCCUCCCUCACGCAGCACCAGCGCAUCCACACCGGGGAGAAGCCCUACGAGUGCUACAUCUGCAAGAAGCACUUCACGGGGCGCUCGUCGCUCAUCGUGCACCAGAUCGUGCACACCGGGGAGAAGCCGUACGAGUGCGGCGAGUGCGGCAAGGCCUUCAGCCAGAGCGCGUACCUCAUCGAGCACCAGCGCAUCCACACCGGCGAGAAGCCCUACAGGUGCGGCCAGUGCGGGAAGUCCUUCAUCAAGAACUCCUCGCUGACGGUCCACCAGCGCAUCCACACCGGCGAGAAGCCGUACAGGUGCGGCGAGUGCGGGAAGACCUUCAGCCGCAACACGAACCUGACGCGGCACCUGAGGAUCCACACCUGAGCGCCUCCGCGGGGCCGAGCCCGGGUGGGCCGGAUGCUUCCUCCCCGCGGAGCACGGGGGCGCUCGGGGCGGAGGCGGCUUAGCAGUGCGGGAUUUGCGGAGAGGCUUCUGUUUCACACGUGCCCCUCACAGAGCGUCAGAGCAAGCCCCUCAGAGUCUCACCUAUUUGGGGACGUUUGAAGGCUCACGGUCCGCUGAGCCGGGGUUGCUGGUAAGGGGAGCUCAACCGUAGGCCAUCAGGGCUCAGACCCUGCUGUCUGAGCAAACUAUCCUAAGAGCUUGG